AAAAACGGAUAAUAAGAAUAAGAAAUAAAAUUACGAAGAAGGGCGAGAUCGAGAGGGGGGAAAAGGGACGAAAAUGGCGGAAGAAGCAAAACCCGACGCGCAAUUAUUCGAUCUCUUAUCCACGCUCCUGGAACAGGUUGAGUCACUGAGCAACCAAGAAGAGGUUGAACUGCGGGCGAAAAUAGAAGCACUAGCGUUGGAAGUCUCAAAGGUUCCACCUAAGCCAUCUAAACAUCUCGGUGAGUUGGAGAUAGCUGCCGAGUUGGACAAGUUAUCGGCGAAGCUCGACGAUGUCGACAAGAUGAUAUCGUCGGCCAUGGCGGCUGAUCCGCAGGUCCAGUCUCUUUUGAGCAGCACCGCCGAUGUUUGGAUGCCUGUCAUCACUGCGACUGCCGACGAAAGGCGAGGAUUUACGGCGACAAACAGUGAGAAUGGCCAUGAGGAGCAAGACGAUGGGCCAGGCCAUUCAUCUAUCAAUGCAGAACAGUAAAUUUUGGCUCGGAACAAUUGUUUCAUUUUCGUUCUAUUUCUUUUAAUCUAUACAUAUGCAAAUGGGAUGCAUCAAAAGUUCUCUUUCAGUUAAGAAUCCUCUGUAUUUUAUUUUCUUUAUAUCUUGUUUCUUUAUGAGGUGAUGUUUAUUAGGGCCUCUGGUACUUGGAUGAGAUUUUCCAAAAGAUCAAUAAUGAUGUGGAUUUCCCUUGUGGCUUUUGUGGGAUUUAAAUACUA